UUUGUGCUGAACGUUCUAUGUAUGAAUCACAAUGCACUAAGAUUGGUUUACGGAACUAUUUUACUGAGUUACUGCAAUGCUAUUCUGAUCGUUUUAUUUCAACACGAAGACAAAAAAAGAGUGCGUAUUAUCUUGACCAAUGAAUUGUCUCUGCUCUUCUUGCCCGGGAAAUCCAAGAUAAUACGUGAUACCCCACGGAUAGUUUUAUAGUACCACGGUAAUACAGAUUGCAGUGCGUUCAUUCUGAAAUUGGGUACUUUGGACCGAGGUUCAGCAUGGGAGGCAGCAGGCUUAAUGCCCAACCCAGCGAUGAAGACACUAGUGACACAGAUGAUCUACCGGUCUAUGACUUCCUACAGUUCUCAAACAGGCAAGCAGGCCACAGACAAACGGAGGCAGAUGAAUUGGUGGUCCUCAACAGUUCAGACUCUGAGACCCUGGCCCCACCGUUCUUAGGGUCUAACCCUGAGCCCUCUUCUCUGCUGCCACAGCAGAGGGAGGAGAAGGUCCUCUUGGUCAGCAGUGACAGUGAGGAGGAGGUUUUUGUGCCCUUGGCAAUGAGACUGAAGGAGCGCCUAGGUGAUCCUACCACAUCCACAGCCACCAUGUGCCCAGGUCCACCCCAGCGUGCUUCUGCCAACCGCACUGACCCCCCUGUGCGACCACACUAUUGUAAAACCAGCUCAGGCCCCACUCCAGCAGGCCACCCCAACACCCCGCUCCUUCUUGACCAGGAGGAAGAUGAAGAAAGCUCAGUGGGCCCCAAGGCGCCAGUCUUUGAUUUACAUCCAGCAGAGUUCUGCACAUGGACAGAAGGGGGUGCCUCUCCUCCAAAGAAGAAGGUGGCCAAACGGAGUCCAGCGGAGAUGGAGGCAGCAAGGGGGGAGGCUGUGCGUAGGAAGGAGGCUCGGGAGAGGCAGCAGGUUGAGAAGGAAGUGCGCAGGCUGCAGCUGGAGAAGCAGAGGGUGGAGAAGAGGGCCCUGGCUGAUGCAGUGAAAGCUCUGAGGCCAGAGGAGUGCAUCAAGCACAUGGUGGUGUCUGUGGACCCAGCUCUGCUGCAGCUGGAUGGCGGCGGUGUGCUUCUCACAUCCCUGCAGGCUCUGGGCUGCAGCUGUGCCAUAGAGAGUCAGGAUCUGCCCUGCAGCAUCACCUGGGCCCGGAGGACUCCUGGCACACAGGCCGGAGAGACGCAGUGUAUUCCGGAAUCCCACACCGUGAUCAGUGUGCCAGUGGAGAACUUCAUCUCCAUGGUCCACAGUCACAGUCAGGUGCAGAAGGGCCACUCUGUUGAUUGCGGCCUGACUCUGACUGCAUGGACACUGCGCCUCCUGGCUCGCGGUUCAGGCCACACCCCCAGCCUGGCUGUCAUCGACCUGGAGAAGUACUUCAGAUCCCAGAAGUCUCAGGUGCAGAAGAAGCACCGCCAGGCCGUGCUGGGAGAGGAGCAGGGGGCAGGCCCAGGGGUGGGGAAAAGGAGGAAGAGGAAAGAGGGAGGACAGCAGCUUCCUGACGUGACCCGGGUGGAGGUGGAGGAGGCCCUGGUGGACCUGCAGCUGAACACCAGCGUUCAGGUGCGCUUCCUGCCCUCUUGGAAAGAGUUCUCAGAUUAUAUCACCAUGUCGACCAAAGCUGUGGCGGAGGCACCUUUCAAGAAGGAGCGGGAGAAGACGGGCUUCAGUUUCUGCCUGGAGAGCGAGUGGGCCGGGGGCUGCCGGGUGGACCGGGGGGGGAAGGGCCUGCUGCAGGUGUGGAAGAGGCAGAUCCAGCAGCUGAACCGGGUCAGCCCCGACAUCGCCAGCGCCGUCCUCGCCGCCUACCCCUCCCCGCGGCUGCUGGCUCAGGCCUACGGACGGUGCAGGACAGAGCGUGAGAAACUCUCCCUCCUUUCGGACGUUCUGAUUCGACGCGGGGAGGGCGUGACCUCAACCACUCGCAGGGUUGGCCCAGAGCUCUCCAAACGCCUCUUCCUGCUAAUGACAUCAUCAGACCCCCAGCAGGUCCUUGACUCCACAGUUGAUUGAUUGCACAAGUACAGAAAAUGGCAACUCAACCUUUAAAUAUAAUUGCAUUGGACCAAAAUGGGACUAUAAAAUGGUACAAUAAAGGCCUGUUCCAGUCUGUUUUAACUUUAGCUUUCAUAUAUUUAUCUGUUGCAUAUUUUGACUUGUAUGAAUGUUUUAAAUUAAAAGUGUUUUUUUAUGAAG